AUGGAGUCAGAUUCGGUUAAACCUGUUGUUGUGAAGGUUUUUCCUGAUUUGGAUUCUGCUGUUGAAUUUUAUAUUAAGUAUGCUUCAGUUGUGGGGUUUGAUAUUCGACAUAGUACGAUUAAAAAAUCUAGUGAUGGGGUGAUAGUUUGGAAAUAUAUUGUUUGUAGUAGGGAGGGUUUUAAGAAUGUCGUUUGUAUGGAUAGCUCUUCAGCAGCAGAAUUGGAUGGUGUUGAGUGUUCUGUUAGAAAGAGGCGGAGAGUUUCGAAUAGGGUUGGGUGUAGAGCUCGCAUUGCUUUUAGAUAUGCGAGUAAUGGUACUUAUUGUAUUCAAUUGUUUGAGGAGCGUCACAAUCAUUCACUGUUAUCAUUAUUGUCAAGACAAUUUCUUAAGGGGAAUAGGAAUAUUGGGGUUGGUCACAUGAAGUUCGUAGCUGAUUGUGUAAAAGCAAACAUUGGGCCAGUGCAAAGUUUUCGGUUGUUCAAGGAGAGGGGGGAGUUUCUCAAAUGUAGGAAGAACUUUACCCUUUUUGGUGAUGUUGUGUCAUUUGAUGCCACAUAUCAGACAAAUAGGUAUGAUAUGGUAUUCACACCAUUCACUGGUGUAAACAACCAUAAAAAGUGUAUUACUUUUGGUGCUGGGUUGUUGACAAAAGAGGAUAUUGAGUCAUAUGUGUGGUUGUUUGAGAAAUUCAAGGAAGCAAUGGGUUGUGAGCCAACAUUGUUUGUAACUGAUCAAGACCCAGCAAUGAGGGUUGCAUUUCCACGUGUGUUUAAGGAAGCUAAGCAUAGGUUUUGUAUGUGGCAUAUUAUGUCUAAGGUAGGAGAUAAGGUUGGCCUCUGUUUGAGUAGAAAUGAAUCUUUUAGGUCAAAGCUUAAUUCCGUUGUAUGGAAUCAAAUGUUGGAACCAACUGAGUUCGAUCAUCAAUGGAAUUUAGUUAUGGAGGAAUUUGGCUUGGUGGAGCAUAAUUGGACUACCUCGCGUUCUGAGAGUGAGAAUAGUUUGUUUGGUUCUUUUACUACACCUCAAUCCAAUUUGGUUGAAUUUUUUAUGCAUUUUGAUCGUGCUAUUGACGUUCAACGCUACUCUAUUAAUAAACUCAAUAGUGAUUGUGAGGCAAGUAUUCCAGAUUUGAAGACACCACUGGCCAUGGAGAAACAUGUUGCAUAUGUGUAUACUGUUGCUAUAUUUUAUGAGGUUCAAUCUGAGAUUUGUGCAGCAUGUUUUAAUUGUCGAGUUGUAAGUGUUAGGGAGGAUCAAGUUAAGCGGUGGACUAAGGAUGCAUCUUUGGGUCGGAGUUUUGAUAUUGAUGGUGUUGUUGUUGAUCAAUGGGAAGGCGUUGAUGAAAAGUUGAUCAUUAAGGAGCAUAAAGACAUGCUUUUAUCAGACCCAGGUUGCUGUUCUUCUGUUGUUGGCAAGAGGUCAAUCAUUGAGGCAGUUUGUGGUUCUUCUGUUCCUUCUGAGGUUUCUGUUCUUCCACCAAAGAAAGCAAAGAAUAAGGGGACUGGUAAGCGCAUUAAAGGAUUCAAGGAGAUUGCUAUUGAAGAAAGUAAGAAGGAGAGGACAUGCAAGACUUGCAAUAAACCUGGUCAUGAUAGCAGGAAUUGUGUAUUGAGGAAGAAACAGUGUCCCUCAUAG